AUGUAUGCGCAACAAACUUGGUCCGAAGACAAAACCAUAAGGCAUUCCUCGGACCUGGACUGCAAUUUUGCCGAUCCGAAAAAAUGUAGAUGGAAGAAUGUUGAGGACAAAUGGGGACUGGACUCACUAGAUUUCUACUUGUUUGAGAAGGUCGACUUCACAGAGUUUCCUGCUUUGAGGGUGGGACCUGGCCCUACCAGGGUUCAUCAAGGAGAGAAAAUGAUUUUUACUGGCGAUAAGAAAAGAGAAGAGCAGCACGCGAUCUAUCUCUCAUCACUCAUUGGAUGUCAAAAUACAACAGGAAAUCUUACAUUCACGUACUGGGCCUACAACAGCGCACAAAUAGAAAUCGUUUUGUUCGAAGACAAGCCCCAUGGUGGCUACAAAAUGUUGCCAGAAAAGCCAUAUGUGGAUUGUGGUUCGUUUUGUAAAUCAAUUGGAAAGCUUUAAAA